UUUGUGUGUACUGGGAUUAGUUGCUUUAUUGUCACAUUAAUUAAAAUUUACUUUUUCAAGUUGCUGAAUCAUGAUUAUGCAGAAGGAAAGGCAAUUUCAUUAACAGAAAAUGAUUUUGACCAUUAUGUUAAAACACACGAACUAGUAUUCCUGAAUUUCUAUGCAGAUUGGUGUAGAUUUAGUCAAAUUUUAGGACCUAUCUUUGAUGAAGCUGCUGAUACAAUAGCUAACGAAAUCAAUCAAACUUCUAGAGUUUUAUUUGGAAAAGUUGAUUCUGUUGCAGAAACAAAUUUAGCUCAGCGUUUCAAAAUCUCUAAGUAUCCUACUCUGAAAUUGAUUAGAAAUGGAAAGCUGAUGAAACGAGAAUACAGAGGUCAAAGAUCUCUGGAAGCUCUCACAGAUUACAUCAGAGAACUAUUGAGGGAUCCUGUAAAAGAAUUAGAAAGUGCAAUCGAUAUUCAAAAUGUUGAUAUGAAUAAGAGAAAAACAAUCAUUUACAUCCCAGACAAAGCAUCUCCCAUCUAUGAAAUAUUUUUGAAAGUAGCCAUGGAUUUAAGAGAUGAUUGUCAAUUUUUCAUUGUCAAAGGCCAACUUGGAACAGCACAUCUUAGACCUGAUCAAAAAGCAAAAGUCAUUUUUAAUCCAGCAAAAUCAAAAAUUGGAAUAAAUGAUGAAGAAUAUCUUGGUGCGCUGCUUAGCUAUGAUGAGCUGAGUGCGUGGACAACUAACAGAUGUAUACCAUUAGUAAGAGAAAUAACUUUUGAAAAUGCUGAGGAACUUACAGAAGAAGGUUUACCGUUUUUAAUAUUGUUCCAUCAUCCAGAUGAUACAGAAAGUCCUAAAAUCUUUACCAGAGAAGUCCAAAAUCAAUUGCUUGAUGACAGAACAUUGGUUAAUUUUCUAAUUGCUGAUGGUGUGAAGUUUGCUCAUCCUUUACAUCACUUGGGAAAGACGCAAAAGGAUUUACCACUGGUGGCAAUUGAUAGCUUCCGGCAUAUGUAUCUUUUUCCAAAAUUUGAGGACAUAAAUUUACCUGGAAAAUUAAAAGAAUUUGUAUUAGACUUAUUUUCUGGGAAAUUGCACAGAGAGUUUCAUUAUGGCCCGGAUCCAGUAACAAGUGAUAAUGUAAUUUCAACAAAUCCACCUGAAUCAACCUUUAAGAAGCUUGCCCCAUCUAGAAAUAGGUAUACCUUACUAAGGGAUGAAUUGUGAUGGGAUGUUUAUUAAAUGGUAUCUGGACAUGUCUUUCAAUGCACCUUCAUAUGCUGUUGUGGUAUGCAUUAAAUCAUCAAGGAUAAAUGGCUUGUAUGAAGUUCAUCUUUUCUACAGUUAAAAUGCAGCAGUUCAUGGCUAUGCAAACCGAGACUGUUUCAAACUAUUUUGCAUCCAGUAUUGUGAACAUUACCAUAAUGUAUUUAGUAAGGAGGUGGUUACGAGUAGCAUUUUUCAAGGUGUCUUAAGAUUUGUGGAUUAAGUGAAUUUUAGUUGUCUUGAAACUAAAAUUUUCCUCCUCUUUACAUUGGGUCUUUACUGUGCCUCUGAUCAUUUUAAUAGACAUCUGUAUAUUCAACCAAGAAAUAUUUUUACGGCAUUUUUAUAUCUACGUUGCAAACAUAAAAGUAAAACUUGGCCUAUAUAGACUUUUUUUUACACAUCUUAAAUUGCAUCAGUAAACAUCUUAAUUCUAGUAAUAUUGCAGUAUCAUAAUGUUUUUAAUUAAAUGUCUGAUUUCUCAUUACUAGCUCAGAUUUAAUUUCAAAUUUGAUAACUUCUUUUUUUAUGUAAAUAUAUUAACAAUGUGCUAAAUUAAAUUUUAUAAAGGUUCCUUUUAAACUGUCUGUUUUUCUACAUUUGCUGUUAAUGAUUGUAUAAAAUAUAUUCGUCUAGUUUGCAUAUUUGAGCUGAUAGAGGUUGAUCUAACUGUAAAAUACAUUUGUAAAUACUAAUCUGUUUUGCAAUCUAGUUUUAUUUUUACAAUGUAGCCAGCUAUUUUUUGUAAAUAAUUGGAUAUAAAUAUAUGUGAUUCAUCAAUAUUUGUGUUCUAUUCUGUAGUUUGUUAUUCAUUACAGAUAAUACAUGUUACACUGGGAAAAAGGGGUUUAUUUAUUAUUAUUUAUUUUUUAAAUGUAAAAUUAUGUUCUUGGGUAUAAACUAUUCAUGUGUUUUAGUGACAUUACAAGUUUAUAAUGUACACUCUUAACAUUCCUUAAAAAAAUUGAAAUGAAGUCUGCUAAACUGAAGGAAAAUGUUCUUUGUAUUGUUAUAACCAAAUAUUUUUAUAUGCUUAUAACUUUUGUAGAUUUUUUUCUUAUAUGACCUUGCAAAAUUUUAUUUAGCUUCUUCAGUAUUUUAAUUCAGAUAGUGAAUGAAAUUAAAAAAGGAUAUUGAGGUAUUUUAAUUUUAAAAGAAAUUAACCAAAGUUGACAAUGUUGUAUUGGGGAGAUGGUAUAUUGAUUUUUGUAAGUCUUUUGAUAUUUAGUAAUAACAUUGUUUCUAUACUAUACUGCAUAUAAAAUGCUGAAAUUUGUAUUAUUAGGAGAAAAAUUUUUUUAAAUUAAGAAAUACUAAUUUUAUUUGAAUUAAUUUUUUGAAUGGAUUAUUAUGCAUUCUAACUUUUUGAUGUUUUUUAAUGGAUAUUAUUUUCUUAACAGUUGGAAAAAUGGAAAACAAAAACUAUUGUUUACUAUCAGUGUUGAAAUUCUUCGAAAAGUGAUAUGCAGUACUGCAUUUGAAAAGGGGUAAUAGUUUGAGUGCAACCUUUUUAAAUUCAGAAUUCUCAAAUCCUGAAGAUGUGCAAUAGAAGUAAAAUUGCAUUUGAAUUCAUAUUAGCAGAAAAUUUUAUAUGAAUAAAGAUUGAACAAAAACUA